GUCUUUGAAAGAAGAGAAAAUUCCUCCUUUGUUUUGCUUUGGUUGGUUCAUCGAGGAAUCCCUGUUUUACCUUUAGGUUGUAGUAGUUUUAUGAAUGCAGAAAAGCCUCUCCAAGCAAACUACUGCAGAUAGAAAAAGGAACGAAUUAAGUAUGGAACCUUGUAAGAGAAAUGACGAAUUCUCAAUGGCUACCGAAGGAAAUGUACCUCUUGGUAUAGAUUCUAAAACUGAGAAUCUGAGUGUUUCUGCCACAGAGGAAAUCAUUGUUGAAGUGGAUCACGAUUCUGCAAAGCAGUUUGAGCCUGAUUUUAAUCCUUUAAAGCUAAACGAGUGUCACUGUACUAGUAACAGAGAGAAGGUAGUACCAGCUGUCUGUGUACCUCGAUUUGUUCUAAAUGGUAACAUUGUGAUCAUUUUUACUGAUGCAUGCCAGGCAGUUUUAAAGAUCUGGGGUUCGUACAGCAAUUUGCAGCACUUGUUGAGAAAGCACAGAAUCAACACACACAGAUUCAACCAGUUAGAACUGAGAAAACUAAAGAGCACUGGGACAGUAGACAUGCAGGUGAAAGUAUGCUCAUUUAUCACUGACAAAGAUUUUCCUCAAAUAAUUAUGAAGUAUGAUGAGAUUUACAACACAGAUAAAGCCAAGUUUAUACAAUUUUUGACUCCAGUUGAAAUCAGUGAUAAUCAUUCAGCUGCAAAUGUUCAAGGUGUGCAGAGCAGUAAAGGAAAUGAUAACACUUCUGACAUCACUAGGCCAUUAAAGAAUACUAUUUCAUUGCAUAGGAUUCAUGUAUAUAUGAUCCAAAACCAGGAAGUUCUUACUUUAUCUGAAGUAAACUCCUUCUUUGCGACGCAUUUUAAGAGGCCAAACCUUUUACUCCAAUUUCUAUCAACCUUGGAAAUAAGUGUCAGUAUGUUAAUGUAUAAUAGACUGAAGAAUGUGCAAAUUCAUAGUGCCAUUACUGAUAGUAACUGCACAAAAUUGUUUAUAAAAAGCAAGGAUUUUGAUAGAAUUCUGCAACACACUACAGCCUUCCUAAACCAAAAUCCACCAGAAAUUGCGUGGAUAUGUUCAAAUGAAUCACUUUUACCCAGUGAGGGAGAAGUGUCUCAAGGAUCAAACAGUGUUGCAAGAUGUGAUGAGCAAAAGGCUGUUGAGUUGUUGCAUAAAUCUGGAGAUUGUAUUGAGAAUUUCAAGUUGGGCGAUUGUCAAACUGCAAACACAGCUGAUGCUCCCAGAGCUAGCUCUCCGAGUGGCCUGGUAAAGAAGGAUGAGUUGGGUACUACAGGCUGUGAUAAUUUGUCAGAUGUGCAGCAUGUUGCACCACAAAGUGGAAGUUCUCCAACAUCACAAGGAACUUGCACAAAUUGCUGCAGAUACAUAAUUCGUACCUGUUGUGUGAAUGAUGAGGUUGUUGUUUGCAUUCCUGAUCUUCAAAAGGCGGUGAUUGACAUCUUUAAACAGUGCGCACAAGUGGGAAAUUAUAUGCAUCGCCUUACCAUUCCAACAAGAAGGUUUGAACGAGUUUUCUUAAAGCCGCUAAAAUCACACCAUAUUCUGAGUUCAAGAGCAACACUUUGCACUUACAUUACUAAGAGUGAUGCUGAAAGGUUACUGCAAAUGUACAGUGCAAAUCAUGGUGAUGUCAGAUACAACAUUCUACAUAAAGUUGAGUUCAGUGAGCCAAUCAAUUUAGGAGAUGCUGUCAAUAAUGUCUCUGGAGACAAUCAAAUGCAUCUGGUUGAAAAUGGUAGCCAAGAAACUUUGAAAAUUCCAAUGUUUUUUGUUAAUGAUCAGAUUGUUGUGUCAAUGCCUGAUGUUCACAAAGCUGUGCAGCUUUUGAAUGGCCAAUGUGUUCAGUUGCAGUACAAUCUUGACAAGUUAGGAAUUGUCAAGUAUAAGUAUUCCUACAAUGACAUUUGUCAACUGAAAGUUCUGACCCAGAUGAAAAUGCCAAGUUUGUGCACAUUCAUCACUAAAUCAGAUGUUGAUAAGGUGUUGAAGUUUUACGUUACACCAGAAAAUGAAACUAGGUUGCAACUAAUUGAAUGGCAGUCACCAACAGCAGUGGAAAGUGUGGCCUGCAGCUCAGCUUCUGAUGCGAUUUCUAGUGCAGAUGCCGAGUUCAUUAACGUGGAGAACAAUGAUGAAAAUGCUGCAGAUAGUGAGACAUGCGAGGUAUAUUCCAUUUCAGAUCUUUACAAAGCCUUUGUCAGUGAUGACACAGAAUCUAUGGAGAGCAUUAAUGAUGAUGAUGACUUGCCAGAGACAUUGUUCCACCCCUCAACUUCAUCACCAUCAUCAAGCAUCAGCCUUGCAAAGCUUCCACAGUCUGUCCCAAUUGCCUUUUACACAAAUGAUAAAGUGAGGUCUCCUAACAAUCAGUUACAACCAAGAAGAGCAAUCUUUUCAAACAAUCCCUCACCACCAAUGCAUCUUCCCGGCAGAUAUGAUAGAGAUGUUGAUCAAGCAGCAUUGAAUGUCAAUCAAAGCAAGCAGGUUAUAAACGGCCAUGUCAUGGAUAUGACAGGAUGUUGGAGCUGUGACACCACUCUGUCUUGUUCUAAGAUACAUCCAACCAACAUCGUAGGAAACAGUGCUGUCACAACAUGUUCAAGUAUUCAUUCAACAAUUUCAAGUGAUGGGGGAGGAAGAGAGACUAUUCCAGGUGCCCCAGUAAAGUUUACAAAUGAUGACAGUAUUCAUCAUAGCUGCAAAAGACCCAGGGGAGUUUUAUUCAGUGAUGGGAUAUGGAUAGAACAGUUAGUGAAAAAAUGCAGAGCAGACCAUGAUGACCUUCUGAAGACCUUGCAGCGUAAAGAAACAGAAAUGAAUAUUUUAUAUGAUGCCUAUCAGGAACAAAUUCAACAGGAGAGAGGGCAAAGGCUAGCAGUGCAGCGAGAGUUAGAUCAAGUGAAGAAUUCCAAUGCGGAACUGUUAGAAAACAUUGAAAGAAAGGAAUUAGAAAUGAAGAUUUUGCACGAUUCAUACAAAUUGCAGAUGGAUUUGCAGAGGAAGAAGAGAGAACAGCUUGAGAUUGAACUCCUUAAUCUUCGAGCUGGUGAUGCACGGAUCAGCGUUCUGCAUGUUAAAGAAGAACCUCUGUAGUGAAACGAAUGAUAUCAAACUCACUGCAAAGUCGGGUUAUGAUAGCAUCCCUAGAACUUUUCCUUUGAGAUUACUUGAAGGCAAACCAGCUUUAGGGCAGAGAACGUUCAAGAGAAACCGGACUGAAUGUUUAAACUUAACAUUAUGCAGUUCAUUUAUAACAUUGAUUGCACGAGCAUUGUUGAGCCUGUUCUAGUUCGAAUUCGAUAAUGGCCUGACAUCAACCGUCAAGUGUCCAGUGAAACAUUGUUCUCUUCUCGUCCGAAUUGUUUAACUCAAUUGAUAUAAAGAGCUAAGAAAACAA